CUCAAUUGAUAAUUUCUAAAAAUAGCUCUAUCCGUUAACAACUACGGUAAUAUGUUCCGGAUUCAAUUUGCUGUGCAUAUUUUUUUUUAUAACAUUGUUUUCAUAACUUCAUUCAUGGUCACCUGAAAAAGUAUGUAACAUGGGAAAUUGUCUUAGUGCUAACACAAACGAAAGAGACGGACUUCAUAAGCUAGAGGCAUCACUUCAAUGUAAAGGUACCCAAACUGACAAGUACAGUGAGGAUGAAAGAGUUGAAAAGGCAGAAAAAGAACGCCAAUUACAUGUUCACAAUCCUACAGCAGUAAUAGUAGGACACAAUGGAAAAAUUGUUUUAGGAAAUAAGAAACGAAAGAAAAGUAACGGAAGACUACCUUCCGAAAUUCAGCAGCAUCAGCACAUGAUUACAACUGAUGUAUCGUCAUCAUCAUCUAACCAAUCAGAAAAUGAAUACAACAACAAAUCAAAUCAAAGGAUAGCAAGGCCAAUCGAACUUGAAACGUCUACCUCCGGUUCAGAAAAGACUACUUCCGACGACUCAGAGGAGGACAGAUAUAGAUCUAUUGCUAUUGUAAAGUCGCAACAAUGUAAAAGUGAAACAGAAAUUAAGAACGUUAUUCUCGUAUAUAAAGAAGAUUUGAUGAAACUAGCGGAAGCCAAAACAAAAUCAUUAGAAAAACAACUGCUGGGAAAAUUAAACACAGCGGGUAUCUCUGAUCGGAGCAAAAUGAGAAAGUUACAACGAUUAGAUACUUUAACCAAAAAUGAAAAGAGCUCUAAUAUUUACAUAGUCACAUAACAUAUACAUUCUCUUUUUUCUUUCACAAAAUGAAAAUACUUUAAACUGAUUUGUUGAUUUGUUCACAUUUUUUUUGUUGUAUACAUGUUGGUUUUAACUUGGUAUUGACCAUCCUUACCUUUGCAGCCACUGUUUAAUGACAUUUUCUUGUGAUAUAUAAUUCUUAACUCAUUUUGACAUUUGCAUUUUUGAUAUGAUCAUUUAUUUCAUUUUCUUCUUUUAACUUCACAUUUGAUAAACUUCCUACAUAUUAGGUAUUAGAAUUGUUUUUAUAAUGAAGUGUAUUUUAUGAAAUUGUUUUUGUACAAGUGCGUUGCCGUCUUUUGCAUCGUUUAAACUUGUUUGUUUGCCUAUAUGUAAGAUCGAUUUGAUGAUUCAUAGAAAAACAGUGUUUGGGGUUUAAAUAAAUAGCAUUUAUAAAGCUGGUACGCAAAUGUCACAUCUAAGAUAUUUCUCCAAAAAUGAUAUUGGUACUCGUUUUGGAUUCCUAAAAAAGGGUUUUAAAUUAACCUGAAUUUCUCUGUCAGAUUCGAUUUCACCCCUAUACAUUUUAAAGAUUAUUCGGAAACAAUAAAGCUGAUAAUAACGGUUUAAAAUAUUACAUCGAAUUGUAAUUGUCUUUUAAUUUGUUGAUCAUUGUUGAUAACUGUUAAUCAAACAUGUUAUGUGCCAAAAUAUUGUAAAUGCCUACGGUUUCAUACAUAUUUCAUUCUACUCCUAGCUGUAAAGGAUACAUCAUCAUAUUUUAUUUCCAAAAUGAAUGAAACAGUAUUACAAUUGUUACAUGAAGGAUAGCAGUGUUACAGUAACGUUUUCUGAAGGUUUUAUGUUUGUUUUGUUUUUUUAAUAUAUAUAUACUUUUUUUAUAUGUUUUGAUAUUUCUAUAAAUGUUUUUUUUAUAUACUAUCAUUAAUAACGUUAUUAAUUUGUCAUUUGAGAGCAUAUUAUACAGUCAAGCAAUUUCUUUUUGAAAUCCUAAACCCUCUUUGAAUGUUUGUCCUCAAUGCUCUUCGACUUCAUGCUUUAUUUGGCCUUUUUAACUUUUUUUGGAUUCGAGCGUCACUCGUCACUGAUGAGUCUUUUGUAGACGAAACGCUCGUCUGGCGUAUAUAUAUAAAAUUUAGUCCUGGUAUCUAUGAUGAGUUUAUUUGCAUGUAAUGACAUAUUGAUAUAAUUUGUCGUGAUCUCAGGAUUUCAUUCAUUUGGUUUGUUUUCAUUUUUCAUUCCGUUUUACCUUAAAACCUUUUAUAUCACAUUCAAGAUAUUAUGUAUAUGAUUUUUUGUAAGAAGGAAAGAAUACUUUUAUUCUAACUAGGUACGGAUAUUUUCAAAACAUAUUGUGGAUAAUAAAGAUAACUUUUAAUUUUGUAUAGGAAAAUAUUCACCCACUUUUAAAAAACUUAAUUGAUUCCAGAUAUAACUGUUAGCGUGUACAAUAUAUUGUCACUUAAAUUUGCAUAAUAUUUGUCGAAGUGAUUGAAUUUCUAGUGUAUAUUAUCUUAUCAUUUGUCUGAAUUUUCCAUUCCUAGUAUUGCUACUAGUAUUAAAGAUUUCAAUUUUUUCCGGGAAUGUUAACGUUGAAUGAACGCAUCAUGCAAUGCCAGCUGUGACGUGAGGAUAAUAUAUCUGUUAGGAAUUGAACUUGAGGUGUUCCCGCUACCGCUCUCUAUUGUACACGACGUCACCGUGGUUGUGACGUUAGCUAUUCAGAAUUCCAAUACAAGUAUCAUUGCAAGCAGACGUUUUUAUUUACUACGCUUUAAUUUGUGUCCGAUACAACCACUCUAUGAUAAUAUUAUUGGCACAAAUGAUAAAAUUUCUGGAAAAAAACAUAAUUUAACGUAUUAAGUUUUUAGUACCAAGAACGAAACGUUUGAUCUGAAAUAUCUAGAAAACUGCUUCAAUUGCGCAAGGAGAAUUUCUCAUAUAUCAGUACAUGUUAACUAUAAAACGCUUAAUUCAUGAGAGAUAAUUUGCCAAAAUCAUAUUGUGUUCAAUUAGGGUAGAACUGUUUAUAUCGAUAUUAUGUAAACUGUAUUGAAAGGACAUUAUCAUAUCAGUGUUUUGAUUAAGACGGCUAUGUGUCUCAGUGUGUCACAAAGCAACGAUAGGUGUAGUGUUGAUCAUAAAUCUCUCAAUAGCUAGAUAUGAUACCACCUAAUAUGUGUUCAGUGAAUUUACGAAUAUAUCUACCUUUAUAG